GGAGGGGCCGUGCGGUGGGUCCGGACUCUCCUCUCCCGGCCUCGGUUCGCCGACUCCAUUUUCCUCCGAGGGGACUGAGCGCUCUGGGGAAGCGGCGGGCUUCGGGCAGUCACCCUCUUCAAGGUUGUGAAAAGCUGCAACAAUGUCAGAUUUUGUUGAAAGCGAGGCUGAGGAGUCGGAGGAAGAAUACAAUGAUGAUGGCGAGGUGGUGCCCCGAGUCACGAAGAAGUUCGUGGAAGAGGAGGAUGAUGAUGAGGAGGAAGAGGAAGAGAACCUAGAUGAUCAAGAUGAACAAGGCAAUCUGAAAGGCUUUAUCAAUGAUGAUGAUGAUGAAGAGGAGGGGGAGGAGGAUGAGGGCAGUGAUUCUGGCGACUCAGAAGAUGAUGUCGGACAUAAGAAGAGAAAACGCACAUCUUUUGAUGACCGCCUGGAGGAUGAUGAUUUUGACCUCAUUGAGGAGAAUUUGGGUGUCAAAGUCAAACGUGGACAAAAGUACCGGCGUGUCAAAAAAAUGUCAGAUGAUGAGGACGAUGACGAGGAGGAAUAUGGCAAGGAAGAACAUGAAAAGGAGGCGAUUGCCGAGGAAAUCUUCCAGGAUGGGGAAGGGGAAGAGGGGCAGGAGGCCGUGGAGGCUCCCAUGGCUCCUCCAGAGGAGGAAGAAGAGGAUGAUGAAGAGUCAGAUAUUGACGACUUCAUUGUGGAUGAUGAUGGUCAGCCUCUGAAGAAACCUAAGUGGCGGAAAAAGCUUCCUGGAUACACAGACGCAGCCUUGCAAGAAGCCCAAGAGAUCUUCGGCGUGGACUUCGACUAUGAUGAAUUUGAAAAAUACAAUGAAUAUGAUGAAGAACUAGAGGAAGAGUAUGAAUAUGAAGAUGAUGAAGCCGAGGGUGAAAUCCGAGUGCGCCCCAAGAAGACCACCAAGAAGCGAGUGAGCCGCAGAAGCAUCUUUGAGAUGUAUGAACCCAGUGAGCUGGAAAGCAGCCACCUCACAGAUCAGGACAAUGAAAUCCGAGCCACGGACCUACCAGAGAGGUUCCAGCUCCGUUCCAUCCCAGUCAAGGCGGCUGAAGAUGAUGAGCUAGAGGAGGAAGCUGACUGGAUUUACAGGAAUGCCUUUGCCACACCAACUAUUUCUUUACAGGAAAGCUGUGAUUACCUAGAUCGAGGACAGCCAACAAGCAGUUUCAGUCGAAAAGGACCCAGCACAAUUCAGAAAAUCAAAGAAGCCCUAGGCUUCAUGCGAAAUCAGCAUUUUGAGGUGCCUUUCAUAGCCUUCUACCGAAAGGAGUAUGUGGAGCCCGAGUUGCAUAUCAAUGACCUGUGGAGAGUGUGGCAGUGGGAUGAAAAGUGGACCCAGCUGAGGAUCCGUAAGGAGAACCUGACGCGCCUGUUUGAGAAGAUGCAGGCUUACCAAUAUGAGCAGAUCUCUGCAGAUCCUGACAAACCUCUUGCUGAUGGCAUCCGAGCUCUGGACACCACUGACAUGGAAAGACUCAAAGAUGUACAGUCAAUGGAUGAGCUAAAAGAUGUUUAUAACCACUUCUUGCUAUAUUAUGGCCGCGACAUUCCUAAGAUGCAGAAUGCUGCCAAGGCUAGCCGCAAGAAGCAGAAGCGUGUGAGGGAAGAGGGAGAUGAAGAAGGUGAAGGUGAGGAGGCAGAAGAUGAGGAGCAGAGAGGCCCAGAGCUCAAGCAGGCCUCCCGCCGAGACAUGUACACCAUCUGUCAGAGUGCUGGGCUAGAUGGUCUGGCCAAAAAGUUUGGGCUUACACCCGAGCAAUUUGGGGAGAACCUUCGGGACAGCUACCAGCGACAUGAAACAGAGCAGUUCCCUGCUGAGCCCCUGGAGUUGGCUAAGGAUUAUGUGUGUAGCCAGUUCCCUACUCCAGAAGCUGUGCUGGAAGGGGCCCGCUACAUGGUAGCCCUACAGAUUGCCCGUGAACCCCUUGUCCGGCAGGUCCUAAGGCAAACCUUCCAGGAGAGAGCCAAGCUCAAUAUAACCCCCACCAAGAAAGGUAGAAAGGAUGUGGAUGAGGCCCACUAUGCUUAUUCCUUCAAAUACUUAAAGAAUAAACCUGUUAAAGAACUGAGAGAUGACCAGUUCCUCAAGAUAGGCCUUGCUGAAGAUGAAGGGCUGCUGACCAUUGACAUCAGCAUAGAUAUGAAGGGAGUGGAAGGCUAUGGCAAUGACCAGACGUAUUUUGAAGAAAUUAAACAGUUUUACUACAGAGAUGAGUUCAGCCACCAGGUGCAGGAGUGGAACCGGCAACGCACCAUGGCCAUCGAGCGAGCUUUACAGCAGUUUCUAUAUGUGCAGAUGGCCAAAGAGCUCAAGAACAAGCUGCUGUCUGAAGCCAAGGAGUAUGUCAUAAAGGCCUGCAGCCGAAAGCUCUACAAUUGGUUGAGGGUAGCACCCUACCGACCAGAUCAGCAGGUGGAGGAAGAUGACGACUUCAUGGAUGAGAACCAAGGGAAGGGCAUUCGCGUCCUGGGCAUUGCUUUCUCUUCUGCCCGAGACCACCCUGUUUUCUGUGCUCUGGUCAAUGGUGAAGGAGAAGUGACAGACUUUCUGCGGCUCCCGCAUUUUACCAAACGGCGGACUGCGUGGAGAGAGGAAGAGCGGGAAAAGAAGGCUCAAGACAUUGAAACACUAAAGAAAUUUCUGCUGAACAAGAAGCCUCAUGUGGUGACAAUUGCAGGAGAAAACAGGGAUGCCCAAAUGUUGAUUGAGGACGUGAAGCGCAUUGUGCAUGAGCUGGACCAGGGCCAGCAGCUGUCUUCUAUUGGCGUGGAGCUAGUUGACAACGAACUGGCAAUUCUUUAUAUGAACAGCAAAAAGUCAGAGGCAGAGUUCCGGGAUUACCCUCCCGUGCUGAGGCAGGCGGUCUCCCUGGCCCGGCGCAUCCAGGACCCUCUGAUUGAGUUUGCCCAAGUGUGCAGCAGUGAUGAAGAUAUCCUGUGUCUCAAGUUUCACCCAUUACAGGAACAUGUUGUGAAAGAAGACUUACUCAGCGCCUUAUACUGUGAGUUCAUCAACCGAGUCAAUGAGGUUGGAGUCGAUGUCAACCGUGCCAUUGCCCACCCUUACAGCCAGGCCUUGAUCCAAUAUGUCUGUGGCCUAGGGCCUCGAAAAGGGACUCAUCUCCUGAAGAUCCUGAAGCAGAACAACACCCGACUCGAGAGCCGGACCCAGCUGGUCACCAUGUGCCACAUGGGUCCCAAAGUCUUCAUGAAUUGUGCUGGCUUCCUCAAGAUUGACACAGCCUCCCUGGGGGACAGCACUGACUCAUAUAUUGAAGUUCUUGAUGGUUCCCGUGUCCACCCGGAGACCUAUGAGUGGGCCAGGAAGAUGGCAGUGGAUGCCCUGGAAUAUGAUGAGUCUGCUGAGGAUGCCAAUCCUGCAGGAGCUCUGGAAGAGAUCUUGGAAAAUCCCGAGCGCCUCAAGGACCUGGACCUCGAUGCCUUUGCUGAAGAGCUGGAGAGGCAGGGUUACGGUGACAAACACAUCACACUGUACGAUAUCCGGGCAGAGCUGAGCUGUCGGUAUAAGGACCUCCGGACAGCCUACCGCUCACCCAACACUGAAGAGAUCUUUAAUAUGUUAACCAAAGAAACACCAGAGACCUUCUAUAUUGGAAAGCUCAUCAUCUGCAGUGUCACCGGCAUCGCCCACAGGCGCCCACAGGGUGAGAGCUACGACCAGGCCAUCCGCAAUGAUGAGACAGGGCUGUGGCAGUGCCCCUUCUGUCAGCAGGACAACUUCCCCGAACUAAGUGAGGUCUGGAACCACUUUGACAGCGGCUCAUGCCCAGGCCAGGCCAUCGGUGUCAAAACCCGCCUCGAUAAUGGUGUCACUGGCUUCAUACCCACCAAAUUCCUCAGUGACAAAGUGGUCAAGCGGCCAGAGGAACGUGUGAAGGUUGGAAUGACCGUUCACUGCCGCAUCAUGAAGAUAGACAUUGAGAAGUUCAGUGCAGACCUGACCUGCCGUACUUCUGACCUCAUGGAUCGGAACAAUGAAUGGAAGCUGCCCAAGGAUAACUACUAUGACUUUGAUGCUGAGGCAGCAGACCACAAGCAAGAGGAGGACAUGAAGCGGAAGCAGCAGCGGACCACAUACAUCAAACGAGUGAUUGCACACCCAUCUUUCCAUAAUAUUAAUUUCAAGCAAGCAGAAAAGAUGAUGGAGACCAUGGACCAAGGUGAUGUGAUCAUCCGGCCAAGCAGCAAGGGUGAGAACCACUUGACAGUGACCUGGAAAGUCAGUGAUGGCAUCUACCAGCAUGUGGAUGUGCGGGAGGAGGGCAAGGAAAACGCCUUCAGCCUGGGAGCCACGCUCUGGAUCAACAGUGAGGAAUUUGAAGACUUAGACGAGAUUGUUGCCCGCUAUGUGCAGCCAAUGGCCUCCUUUGCCCGGGACCUUCUGAACCAUAAAUAUUAUCAGGAUUGCAGUGGCGGGGACCGCAAGAAAUUAGAAGAGCUGCUCAUCAAAACUAAGAAGGAGAAGCCCACCUUCAUCCCCUAUUUCAUCUGUGCCUGCAAGGAACUGCCCGGCAAGUUCCUACUGGGAUACCAGCCCCGGGGUAAACCCAGGAUCGAAUAUGUAACAGUGACUCCAGAAGGAUUCCGGUACCGGGGCCAGAUCUUCCCAACAGUGAAUGGCCUCUUCAGGUGGUUUAAGGAUCAUUACCAAGACCCAGUACCAGGUAUCACUCCCAGCAGCAGCAGCAGAACUCGGACCCCUGCCUCCAUCAGUGCUACCCCGGCCAACAUCAACCUUGCAGAUCUGACACGAGCUGUGAAUGCCCUGCCCCAGAAUAUGACUUCACAGAUGUUCAGUGCCAUCGCUGCUGUCACAGGCCAAGGGCAGAACCCCAAUGCCACCCCAGCACAGUGGGCCUCCAGCCAGUAUGGCUAUGGUGGCAGUGGAGGGGGCAGCAGCGCUUACCACGUAUUCCCUACGCCAGCUCAGCAACCAGUGGCCACGCCAUUGAUGACACCCAGCUACUCGUACACAACCCCAAGCCAGCCCAUCACCACCCCCCAGUACCACCAGCUACAGGCCAGCACCACCCCACAGACUGCCCAGGCCCAGCCCCAGCCUUCUUCCAGCUCCAGGCAAAGGCAACAGCAGCCAAAGUCCAACAGCCAUGCAGCUAUCGACUGGGGGAAGAUGGCAGAGCAGUGGCUACAGGAGAAGGAGGCAGAGCGGAGGAAACAGAAACAGCGGCUGACACCUCGGCCUUCCCCCAGCCCCAUGAUCGAAAGCACGCCCAUGUCCAUUGCCGGCGAUGCCACCCCGCUUCUGGAUGAGAUGGAUCGGUAGGGGCUGCUCCUUGGACUCCGGUUACCUCUGAGGCUGCAAGAAGCCUGGCUGUCCACUGCCUCACUCCCUGCCCCUCCCAUGGCAUGGCGUGGUGGUCAGCCUGGAUGGGUGUCAGGCAGGAUGGUCUUGUGUACUUGAGCUCAGUGGAUGCUUGACAGCAGUUCUUGCACUCCAGAGCCUCACCAAGUACCUGUGCAGGGACCAGGCUGGGGGAAGUGUGGCAAGGGAGGAGGAGGGUGGAGCAGUUUUGUACUUUACUCCCUACAAGCCAUGUGAGCUGCUGCCCUCAGCUACUCUGUGCUGUGAUGGGCAGCAGGCUCAGCACGCGAGGCUCCCCUGGUCAUGGGGAGAGGGAUGCUAUUUAUUCAGUUUGGGGCAGGAGGGACGCGGUGUGGGGGGGGUAUUUUUGACUGUGAUGCUAACAGCUUGGGUGACCAUCAGAGCAGGGGUGCCAGGAGCAACGCUGACUUGCCCAACCCUGCCUGACUGUCCUCCCCGCCUGCUGCCACGCUCCCUGCCUGUCCUUUGAAUAAACAGUGUUUCUACAGA